CAAAAUUAUUAGUUGUUCCGGACUGCAGACAGACAGUUGAUAAAAAUAACCACGGGCUCUUUAACGCGCAUAUUCAGAAUGUGCCUCCUGCAGACAUCUUACAAAAAGAAAGACCAGUAACGCCCUGUGCCGGAGACGAGUUGGUGCGGUAAAUAUUACUGCGAGCCGCCCAGAUACCUGACAGUGCUAAUAAUGUCUAAUCGGAGAGAGAAAAGACUGAAAGACCCAUACUGUGUUGCUGAAGACGUGAAUGAAAGGACUCUUUAUUAGGCUGGAUUUGGUUAAAAUAAAUGAACGUGCAUUUUCGGUUUGGGGUGUCCAGGUUUGCCAUGGAUUGAACUCUGAGUUUAUCAAAAUGCUGCAUUUGCUGAAUUAUUAAUUGCAACAGAUUUAUGGGAUUUUAAUUUUCAAGAAGGUCGCUGUUUUGUCAGUGGAUACGGACAUGUACCUCGUGUACGAAGACACACAAGAGGAAGAGCAGACCUCUUUCCCCAUCACCCUCGCUCAGAGUCUCGUAUACAUACAUCUCCGCUAGCGGUGAACACCUCGGGCUCAUACAAGUCCUGUGUAUAUACGGGUUUUGCAUGUCUUCAUUGUAAUCUACUGCAUCGUCCUGUCAUGUGCAGAGGAAUGAAUCGGACUUGGCUGUAAACGGGGCACGGAGCUGACGGCCGACGGGGUAUCUCUGUUGCGCAUCACAGUAUUAUCAGAAGACGUUGUCAUGGCCGAAAAGUCCCUGGAACCUGGAUCUGUCUGUAUUGCCAUGGAGGAAACCAUUCGCAAUGGUGGCGCACAGGAGCCGCCUUUGCUGACACACCUGAAGAAGGUUGAGAACCACAUUACAGAGGCACAGCGCUUCUCCCAUCUCCCCCGGCGCUCCGCUGUGGACCUGGAAUUCACAGAGCUCUCAUACACCAUACGUGAGGGUCCCUGCUGGCGGAGAAGAGGCUAUAAGGCCUUGCUGAAGUGUCUGUCUGGGAAAUUCUGUAGCCGGGAGCUGAUCGGCAUCAUGGGGCCCUCUGGAGCUGGCAAAUCCACACUGAUGAACAUUCUAGCAGGCUACAGGGAAACGGGAAUGAAGGGACAGAUCCUAGUAAAUGGGAAGCCCCGGGACCUCCGUACUUUUCGGAAAAUGUCCUGCUACAUCAUGCAGGACGACAUGCUGCUGCCACACCUGACUGCACGGGAGGCCAUGAUGGUUUCUGCGAACUUGAAGCUGAGCGAGAAUAUGGAUGUGAAAAAGGAGCUGGUGAAUGAGAUCCUCACAGCACUGGGACUCCUGGAGUGUGCUCACACUCGAACCCUUUCCCUGUCGGGGGGCCAGUGCAAGCGCCUUGCAAUUGCCCAGGAGCUGGUCAACAACCCCCCCGUCAUGUUUUUUGAUGAGCCCACAAGUGGUCUGGACAGCGCCUCCUGUUUCCAGGUGGUCUCCCUCAUGAAGUCUCUAGCCCAGGGUGGGAGGACCAUCAUCUGCACCAUCCACCAGCCCAGCGCCAAGCUCUUUGAGAUGUUUGACAAGCUCUAUAUCCUCAGCCAGGGUCAGUGCAUCUACAAAGGAACUGUUCCAUACCUCAUCCCCUAUCUGAAAAGUCUGGGUCUGCACUGUCCCACCUAUCACAACCCUGCAGAUUUCAUCAUUGAGGUGGCGUCAGGUGAGUACGGAGACCUGAACCCUGUCCUAUUUGAGGCAGUGCAGGGGGGAAUGUGUGCCCUGGAGGGCAAGAAGAACUCAAGUGACAAAAAUGACCAAGCCUCCUCCUGUCCAUCACAACGCCAAAGUGACUGUGGACAUAUUGAGAGACAUACCUUUGCCACCAGCACCUUGACCCAGUUCUGCAUUCUCUUCAAGAGAACAUUCAUCACUAUAUGCAGGGACAUGGUGUUGACGCAUCUUCGAGUGAUGUCACACAUCUGUAUUGGGGUUCUGAUUGGCCUGCUGUACCUCAACAUCGGCAAUGAUGCCAGCAAGGUCUUCAACAACACUGGCUUCCUCUUCUUCUCCAUGCUCUUUCUCAUGUUUGCUGCCCUGAUGCCCACCGUUCUCACCUUCCCUCUGGAGAUGUCUGUAUUUCUGAGGGAACACCUGAACUACUGGUACAGCCUGAAGGCAUACUACCUAGCCAAAACAAUGGCGGACAUUCCCUUCCAGGUGAUCUGUCCCAUCAUGUACUGCAGCAUUGUGUACUGGAUGACGGAACAGCCGCCCGAGGCAGGGCGCUACCUGCUCUUCAUGGCACUGUCCACCUCCACUGCCCUUGUGGCUCAGUCCCUGGGCCUCCUGAUUGGAGCAGCGUCCACCUCCCUCCAGGUGGCCACCUUCGUGGGCCCUGUCACUGCCAUCCCAGUUCUUCUCUUCUCUGGCUUUUUCGUUAACUUCGACACCAUUCCCAAGUACCUGCAGUGGAGCUCCUAUGUGUCCUAUGUCAGAUAUGGGUUUGAGGGUGUGAUCCUAUCAAUUUAUGGGAUGAAUCGCUCAGAACUGGAGUGUCCAGGGAAAGUCUGCAAAUUCCAGAAGCCAGAGGAGGUUCUGCAGCUGCUGGAUGUGGAGGAUGCAAAGCUCUACAUGGACUUCAUCGUACUGGGCAUCUUUUUUCUCAUCCUGCGACUGGCCACUUACCUGGUCCUCCGCUACAAGGUUAAGUCAGAGCGAUAGGCUCUCAGUACCCGUCCCAUCCCCCACCUUCUUGUCACCCCGCCCCUGAUAUAUCAGACCUGCGCAAAGAAAAUCCCAUAGGCACUCAUAGGUUCCCAUUCCCAAUGGUAUUUCAUAUCUAUAAAUUACCAACAGAGGAGACAUCUCAAGGGCAUUUCUGUGGUUUCAUUUCAUACUGUCAGACAUUGGCAUGGGCAGUCCAGAGCAUUGUUCAGCAUGUAGCAAUAGAAAUGGAUCAUAUUCUCACAAAUGGCCUCUCAAUUCUCAGCUGUCAUGACUCCUAGUACCACUGCAACCUGGGUGCACAAAAGGGGCUGCAAUGCAAUGGAAGUAACUUGCAAAAAGGCGGGGAACAUUGAGAGAAUAAUAAGAGAAUGUUUACAUUGAAUGUUGAAAUCAAAUGGAAUGUUUACAUAAAAUGUUUAUGAUUAUAGAAAAAGACAAACCAUAGACAGUCUUAUAUUUAGAGUGUCACAUGUCUCUUCGAAAAAAAAAUCAGAAAGAAAAAUUGGCUAUGACUGGACAUUGAAUUUAGCUAUCAUGAAUUUUCCUUCAAAGCUUUAGGCUCUGUUUUACAAAUACCUCCCUGUUAAUUCUGUACAUUCAUUUCUAGUCUCUUAAUUGGUUGGAUGGAAAGAAAACAUACUUGAACUUCAAAUUUUACCUCCAGAUUUACGUGGUGUAUGUGUUAC